AUGGCAAAAAAUACAGCUACAGGAACUUUCGUGAAUGUGAUUAGCCAAAUACAGAAUUUACCUGUUAUGGAUCUUGGCAGAAAAUUUAGGACGCCUUGUAAAACUGGUAACCGAUGUGGAAAGAUAAUUAAGAGAUUAAUGGUACCAAAAUUAGCGCAGCUUGAAAACACCAUCAUGGGCGUCAUGAAAGAAAUAGCGAAAAUGCCGCCUGGCUCGCGACUACCCGACAAAUUCACCAAAACGGAACCUAUUAAACUGUUACUGGAUCAAAAUUACAAGGAGGACAUCUGCAUGGACAAGUUAGAAUCUUGCCUCAAAGAAGACAAACGCCGAAAGCGAAUUCUAAAGAAACUAUUUUUCAAAAAGUAUAACGCAUUACGACAAGACCUUAUCGGAUAUGGUGGUAGAAGACUGUGGGGUGGGGAGGGCAACUUGUUCUAUAGAAAGUAA